AUGAACGCUGACGUGGGAUCAUCCGGGCUGGCCAGGUCGGCCGCGGUCAAGCUGUCCGAGAUGGGCGCGCGCACCAAACAGCUGGGCACCGCCAUGCAGGACCCGCACCAGCAGCGGCGCAUCAUUCUGGUCAUCGUGUGCGUGGCGCUGCUGCUGGACAACAUGCUGUACAUGGUCAUCGUGCCCAUUAUCCCGGACUACCUGGCAGACCUGGAGAACGAGCAAUCGGAGCACGUCCAUGUCGUCUUGCACCCAAACAGCAGCGCGUCCGGCAACGGCACGAGCGCGAGUCAAACCAAAGGCAACAACCUGGACGUCCAAAUCGGAGUUCUGUUCGCGUCCAAAGCCAUCCUGCAGCUGCUGGUCAACCCCCUGAGCGGCACUUUCAUCGAUCGGGUCGGGUAUGACAUCCCGCUUCUGAUCGGCCUGACUGUCAUGUUUCUCUCCACGUGUAUUUUCGCCUUCGGAGAGAACUACGCUACGUUGUUCGCCGCCCGAAGUUUGCAAGGUCUGGGCUCGGCGUUCGCGGACACGUCUGGCCUCGCCAUGAUCGCCGACAAGUACACGGAGGAGGCCGAGCGCAGCCGGGCGCUGGGCAUCGCGCUGGCCUUCAUCUCAUUCGGGAGCCUGGUGGCACCUCCGUUCGGCGGGGUGCUUUACGAGUUCGCCGGCAAGCGGGUGCCCUUCCUGGUGCUCGCUUUCGUGUGCCUGGCGGACGGCUUCCUCUUCCUCACAGUCAUCCGACCAUUCUCUAACAGAACUCGAGAGAACAUGCCGGUGGGCACCCCCAUCUACCGGCUCAUGAUCGACCCCUAUAUCGCGGUGGUGGCCGGCGCGCUCACUGUGUGCAACAUCCCGCUGGCCUUCCUGGAGCCCACCAUCGCCAACUGGAUGGAGACCACCAUGCACUCCACGCAGUGGCAGAUGGGCUUGACGUGGCUGCCCGCCUUCUUCCCGCACGUCUUCGGCGUGUACAUCACCGUCAAACUGGCGGCGCGUCACCCCAACCUGCAGUGGUUCUACGGCGCGCUAGGCAUGGUCAUCAUCGGCGCCAGUUCGUGCACGGUGCCGGCGUGCAAGACCUUCGGGGAACUCAUCGCCCCGUUGUGCGGCAUCUGCUUCGGCAUCGCGCUAGUGGACACGGCGCUGCUACCCACGCUCGCCUUCCUAGUGGACGUGCGCCACGUCUCGGUCUACGGCAGCGUGUACGCCAUCGCGGACAUUUCCUACUCGGUAGCGUACGCCAUGGGGCCGGUGGUGGCCGGCCAGAUCGUGCACUACCUGGGCUUCGUGCAGCUCAACCUAGGCAUGGGGUUGGUCAAUGUUCUCUACGCGCCAGCGCUGCUCCUGCUGCGCAACGUGUGCCAAAUGAGGCCGUCCUACUCGGAGAGGGACACCCUGCUGGAGGAGGCUCCGCAGGGGCUGUACGACACCAUCCGCAUGGAGGAGAGGCGGGCCAAGAAGAAGAAGAAGGGCUACAGCUCGGCGGGCAACUGCCUGCCGGUGGACGAGAACGGCUUCGACGCUUUCAAAGCGCAGCGAUCGCAGUCCGAGGAGUCAUCCGGCACGGAGUUCACUUGA